AAUAUUUCAUCGUUUGUAUUAAACCUGUUCGUGUCUCCACAGCCGGGUGUGACGUGUGUCGGGAAAGAAGACGUCUCUGAGAGCAACGCAGUGAAGGUCUCCUUGUCCACAGCCGAUUGUGAAACAACAAAGCGCAUCAUCGAGAAGAUCCCUGCAGACUGGUGCAGCAAAGACAACUGUAACCUCAAAAUCUUCCAGGAGGGCAACACAGCGCUGGUGUCCAGUGACGACGCUGACCUGGCUACGCUGGUCGACGCCCUGAAGAGCGAACACUUGAAAGAAAAGCUGGGAGUCACAAAGACGGAGACCCCCUCCUCGUCCGGGUCCUCUGUGUUUGUGGGGAUCCUGGUCAGCGGUCUGCUCGCCGCCGUCGCCAUCACUGUGGGGUACCUGAAGUGCCCCCGCAGGACCAGCGGCAAGGGAGUCAGGCUGGCGGAGGAGGCGUUCCCGGCGGAUCAGGAGAACCAGGGGAACACUCUGGCCUCCGAGGCGCCCCUGAACCCCCCUCAGGAAACCCCGGAGAAACCCAGCAUCAACGGAGAAACCCCCGAGGCCGAAAAGCCAGAUCAACCCCCCCCACCCACCAACGGUCACUCCACCACCAAGACUGCAGACACCGAGCUGUGAAACAACAACACACACACACACAAACACAAACACACACACACACACACACACACACACACACACACACACUCACUUUCUGACCACAACAAACGUAGACAUCAAAAUGACACGAAAUUAUUUGAUUGAUUUAAAUUGAUCGUAUCGUGGAUAGGAAACUCAUAGCUGCAGUCCACAGCUGACCGGACUACUUUCUGUGGAUUGAUCUGACUGCACACAGUCCCUUGAGCCUCCUUAGCAACGAUCUGUUCUCCUUAGCAACGGACUGUGUUCCUUAGCACUUUGAAUUGCCUCUGUGUAUUAAAAUGUGCUAUUACAAAUAAACUAACCUUAGCUACGGUCUGUUUUUCCGGACAACAACGGAAUGUUGAAAUUGACCAAUCGCAGUCCAGUAUUCAACUAAGCCGGGUAAUAUUUUGUCUGACUGCAGACACCGAGCUGUGAAACAACAACACACACACACACACACACACACACACACACACACACACACACACACACACACACACACACAAACAAACAAACAAACAAACAAACAAACAAACAAACAAACUCACUUUCUGACCACGCCACAGCAAACGUGGACAUCAGGGACUAUUUCCUACAUCAGAAUCCACACCCCUCCAUCUGUGAGCCUCGUAAACAUCAGGGGAGGAAGUCUGAUGAUGAUGAUGAUGAAGACGAUGACGAAGGCUGAGUCCCUAGUUGUUGACGCAGGCAGCAGAGGAUUGUGGGUGUGGAGAGAAGCAUCACUCUGUUCCCAUGAUGACUGCAUGUCAACACCCUGCAGCACGCAUGGAUUACUGAAGGACUACAGGGGCCGAAAUACUGAAAAGAGCCACAAAGCAAAUAAAGAGAGAGGAGAAACAUCUGCAGACACACAAAGAGACUUUAAAAAGGGAGACAACCAACGUGGGGACAAAGUAAUUACAAAAGAGACACAAAAUGAAUAAAAAAACACUCGAAGAGGAACAAAACAACCACAAAUAUGAAGAGAAUAGACAAAAAAAGAUAUGAGGUUCAAACAGACACAUCCUGACUACUAGAGAUGAUUUAUGUAAAGAGACCAAUUAGUGAAAAGGAUUAUUGUAGGUCGAUUUGGAUUCAAGCUAAUUCGACCAAUUUGUGAAAAUAACAGCUACUCAACAACAGAGACAGAAAACAAAUACAAAAAGCAACAAAACAACUUCAAAGUGACCAAAAAAAGUCUAAAUAUGACCAAAAAGAAACACAAAACAUGUACAAAAAGUCUCAAAAUGACCAAAGAAUGUCAAAAAACGCACCAACAAAAGCCUCAGCGACUCUUAAAUCUGCAUGUUUUUAUCCACGUGUGGCUUUCGGUCUCAUAAUCCGCCCUGCAGACUCUCUGCAUGUCGUCACAUUUACCCACAAACCCUCCACAGUAAACACCUGCUCCUCUGCAGCCACGACAGACGGAGAGGAGACAAACCACGCUGCCUUGAAAUCUGUUUACAAACUCAGAGAGAAAUCCACAUGGAGUUAUUGAAAGUGUGUGAACGUGUGCUUUAAAUCCUGCAUGUGUGUGUGUUACCGUGCAUGUUCACCCGUACAUGCAUAGAGGCUUCCGUUGCUUUACUGUAUUAUACGUGUGGUGUUGUAAUCGAGUGAACGAAUGAGUGUGACAUUAGCCAGUGUAAACUUUGUAAAAUAAGUUCUUUAAUGACGCUUGUCGCUGCACAUUAUCCCGCUUAUUACACGGCCACGUGAUAAAUACACCAACGACUUGACUCACAACAUUGAUGCAAAAAUGUUUUUAUUGAUUUAAAUUGAUCGUAUCGCGUCUGCCAAGAAAAAAAUAUAUAUUUAAAACUAUUCCACGUGUGUUCUGAUGGAGGAAACUCAUAUUUGUUUAUCCACAGCUGACCGGACUACUUUCUGUGGAUUAAUAUGACUCCACACAGUCCCUUGAGCCUCCUUAGCAACGGUCUGUUCUCCUUAGCAACGGUCUGUUUUUCCAAGCAGCAACGGAAUGUUCAAAUUGACCAAUCGCAGUUCAAGUAUUCAAAUAAGCCGUGUAAUAUUUUGUAUACUCUCUUUUUACUGUUUGUACUCUAUUGAACAGUGUGUAUAGUUUCUGUCUUGUUUUUUUUAAUUUGUGUUCCAACACUUUUAAGGUGCCAAAGUUUCUGAUGUCAUGUCUUAUGUUGUGUAUUAAAAUAUUUGGCCCAUUUUUAUAAAACUUGAUCAGACUGCAGAAAAGUGUUCUUAUGAAUAUUCUAUAUUCUAAUUUGUUAACUUUUUCAUGCUAACAUUCCAAUAUGACUUUUUUUACUAGCAGCCUGUAGUUUUAAAUUGGAAUAAACAUGAACAAAUAAAAGAUGAAUAACUUUUUAUGAAUC